GGCGAGGGCGUGUGGGCAACUAAACCAAACCAACGCUCACUUUUUCAUCGGUCAAACAAAGCGCACCAAUUCCCAUUCAAACACAUAACAUCGUAUUGCAUUUGCACCCUCUCUCACACUCUUCUCUCCUUCCAAUGGCGGCCCUGCCUCCAUCCUCCUCCGCAUUCACCUCCUCCGCCCGACUCCGCCCCUCCCUCCGCCCACCGCCUUCCCACCUCUCCUUCCCUCGCACACGCACACGCACACGCACACGCACACGCUUCUCCCUCAACGCCACCUGCCACUUCUCCGACAGCACCAAUUCCCUUCGCCAAAACGCCGUCGCUUCCCCGCUCCAGCUGCUCAAGACUUCCGCCGCCGACAGAUAUACGAAGGAAAAGAGUAGCAUUAUUUGCAUAGGGCUCAACAUUCACACUGCUCCCGUUCAGAUGCGUGAGAAGCUCGCAAUCCCAGAGGCCCAUUGGGCCAAGGUCAUUCAGGACCUUUGUGCUUUGAAUCACAUAGAAGAAGCCGCAGUUCUCAGCACGUGUAACCGCAUGGAGAUCUAUGUUGUCGCUCUCUCCCAACACCGUGGUGUUAAGGAAGUUACUGAUUGGAUGUCUAAGAUGAGUGGGAUUCCGGUGCCUGAGCUUCGUGAGCACCAGAUAAUGCUGUAUAAUGCGGAUGCCGUGCAGCAUCUAUUUGAAGUGGCGGCGGGGCUUGAUUCGCUUGUUCUUGGGGAAGGUCAAAUUCUUGCUCAGGUGAAGCAGGUUGUGAAAGCUGGGCAAGGAGUGCCUGGUUUUGAUAAGAAAAUCAGUAGUUUGUUCAAGCAGGCGAUUUCAGUUGGGAAGCGGGUUAGGACCGAGACUAACAUUGCGUCUGGAUCGGUUUCUGUCAGCUCGGCUGCUGUGGAGCUCGCGCUGAUGAAGCUUCAGGAGUCUUCCUUUCGUGAUAGUGCUCAAGUGUUGGUGGUUGGUGCAGGGAAGAUGGGGAAGCUUGUGAUCAAGCAUUUGGCUGCAAAAGGGUGCAGAAGGAUGGUGGUUGUUAACAGGACUGAAGAGAAAGUUAAUGCCAUUAGGAGAGAGUUGGAGGAUGAUGUUGAGAUUGUGUUUAGACCGAUUUCAGACAUGCUGGCAUGUGCUGCUGAUGCUGAUGUGAUCUUCACCAGCACAGCAUCUGAAUCCCCGCUGUUUACCAAGGAGAAUGUGCAGAUGCUUCCUGUGGUUAGUCAUGGGAGAAGGCGGAUUUUUGUGGAUAUAUCUAUUCCUAGGAAUGUGGAACACUGUGUGUCGGAGCUGGAGACUGCACUUGUGUACAAUGUGGAUGAUCUGAAGGAAGUUGUUGCAGCUAACAAGGAGGACAGGCUUAAGAAAGCUGAGGGGGCUCGGGGAAUCAUCCAUGAGGAGUUGAAUAAAUUUGAAGCGUGGAAAGACUCUCUGGAAUCUGUUCCCACUAUUAAGAAGUUUAGAGCUUAUGUUGAGAGGGUAAGAGCCUCUGAGAUGGAGAAGUGUUUGUCAAAGAUGGGUCCUGAUGUCUCAAAGGAACACAAGGAAGCAAUUUAUGCACUCAGUAUGGGUAUUGUGAAUAAGCUACUUCAUGGUCCCAUGCAGCACCUGAGGUGUGAUAAGAAUAAUGAUGAUAGUUUGAGUGAAGUACUUGAGAAUAUGCGUGCCCUUAACAGAAUGUAUGAUCUUGAGACAGAAAUUUCCUUGAUUGAAGAAAAGAUCAGAGUCAAGAUGCAACGGGCUCAGAAGUAGACUCUUCUUCAAUUGGUUUAGUUUUAUUUGAUUCCUGAGGGGGCUGCAAGCCUCCUUCCCAUUUUUUACACUACUAUAGCAGAUUGAGGGCCUUUGGAGGCUAAUUCUUUCAAUUAUUUUUUAACAUUAUACGGAAGUGAUUAGAACAUUGAUGCCCGAAAGAAGUCAAUGUGUCAUAAUUUUUGAAAGAGCAGUUGAAAAUUCAUGAUCCUCAUGACAGAUGAAUAUUGAUUUCUUGUAUUUUUUUUAUAACAUCAACUUUAGGGCGAAAGUAUAUAUACGAGUCUAAGAUGUAUUCAAAUGUGUAUAUAUGAUUCUUGGUUUUGAUCUCUUACUCUGUUCAUAUUUUAGUCGCGAUUUGCCUUACAGAUUUGGAUGGUAAAAUAUCACAACUUCGCUGAUUGUUCAAGGAGACUUUCAUAAUAAUUGCAUGAGUGCCGGGUAUUAUUAUUAUUUAAUAA